CCUAUGGGUGAACAGUUGUCCUAAUUAAUCUGGCAUCUAUCUAGCAGCAGAAUCCUUAUUAUCUCUUUCUCCUAGGGUUCUUCCGUGUAAAGCACUGACUGCUAAAGUGUUCUGACUGACCAGCCUAGGUUUCCAUCUUUCAGAUCUGGGAUUUACUCAAUGGAAAGGGAAAACUACACAUUGGUGAGUGAUUUUGUUUUCCAGGGUUUCUCCAGCUUCCAUGAGCACAAGGUCACUCUCUUUGUGGUAUUUUUUGCUUUGUACCUUUUAACUCUGGCUGGCAAUGUUAUCAUUGUGAUGAUCAUCACCAUUGCUCGUCACCUUCACAACCCCAUGUACUUCUUCCUUAGUAUGCUAUCUAUUUCAGAGACCAUAUACACACUGGUCAUUGUACCACGAAUGCUCUACGGCCUCAUUGACCUAAGUCAACCCAUCUCCUUGGCUGGCUGUGCCACCCAGAUGUUCUUUUUUAUAACUUUGGCCAUCAACAACUGCUUUCUGCUCACAGCAAUGGGGUAUGACAGGUAUGUAGCCAUUUGUAACCCCUUGAGGUACACAGUCAUCAUGAAUAAGAGUGUGUGUGCCCAGCUGGUAUGGGGCGCCUGUAGCAUUGGGCUGCUUGUGGCCAUAAUUCAGAUUUCUUCUGUGUUCAGACUGCACUUUUGUGACAGAGAGGUGGCCCAUUAUUUCUGUGACAUCCGCCCAGUAAUGAAACUCUCCUGUGAUGACACCACUAUACAUGACAUCAUUAAUUUUAUUGUCAGUUCAUUGGUUAUCGUGGUGCCCAUGGGUUUGGUCUUUGUUUCAUACAUCCUCAUCAUCUCUGCUAUCCUCAAGAUUGCCUCUGCCGAGGGUCGGAAGAAGGCUUUUGCAACUUGUGUCUCCCACCUCAUCGUGGUCAUUAUCCAUUAUGGCUGUGCCUCCAUUGCCUACCUCAAGCCCAAAUCAGAAGACACAAAAGAUCAGGACCAACUGAUAUCAGUGACUUACACAGUUUUUACUCCACUCCUUAACCCUGUUGUAUACACUCUGAGGAACAAGGAGGUAAGGGAUGCCCUUCACCAUGUUUUGGCAAAAAAAAACUCUCACUUAGGAUCUUCAGUACCUUGAACAGUUUCUAUA